AAAUAAUGGGGCCAGAAUCAUUCAGGCAGUCUGGCUCCACAAUUCCGGGCUCUUUUGCCAUUAUAUUGUAAAGACUGAGAAACGCUGUAGGGUUUAGCAGUUUGGGGAGUUCUUUGGAGACUUUUUGUUUGAUAUCUUUUAAUGGUGUGGUGUGGGUCCAAGUCACAUGUGGUUUCAGUGAAUGUGCAGGUAGGAAAAAGACUGAGUAGAGAUUACUGUUUCAGAAGGUAAUUUUAAAAGGAAGAGAAUAGUAACCAUAUAUUGUCAUCAUAUACUAAUUAUUUCUCUCCAUAGUAAUCCAGAAAUUUUUCUUUUUCAGUUCACCAAAUUUAACCAGUAAUGCCAUUCAGUUGCCAAUAUCAAGCAAAGCAAACAUAAGCCAGUUUUAAUCUUUUUAAGAAAAGUGGUAGUUCUUUUCACAGUGCCUGACGUAACUAUAUCAGAGUGUGAGGUAUAAGCCCACAGAAUCCAGAGAAGUCAUCAUGAAGUUAUAUGUAUUUCUGGUUAACACUGGAACUACCCUAACAUUUGACACUGAACUUACAGUGCAAACUGUUACAGAUCUUAAGCAUGCUAUUCAUAGCAAAUACAAGAUCGCUAUUCAGCACCAGGUGCUGGUGGUCAAUGGAGGAGAGUGUAUGGCUGCAGAUAGAAGAGUGUGCACCUACAGUGCUGGGACGGACACAAAUCCAAUUUUUCUUUUUAACAAAGAAAUGAUCUUAUGUGAGCUUCCACCUGCUAUUCCUAAAACUACCUUUUCAACAGAAAAUGACAUGGAAAUAAAAGUUGAAGAGUCACUAAUGAUGCCUGCAGUUUUUCACACUGUUGCUUCAAGAACACAGCUUGCAGUGGAAAUGUAUGAAGUUGCCAAGAAACUUAGCUCCUUCUGUGAAAGUCUGGUCCAUGAUGAACACCUUCAACACCAGGGCUGGGCUGCAAUCAUGGCCAAUCUGGAGGACUGUUCAAAUUCAUACCAAAAGCUACUUUUCAAGUUUGAAAAUAUUUAUUCAAAUUAUCUGCAAUCCAUAGAAGACAUCAAGCUAAAACUUACUCAUUUAGGAACUGCGGUUUCAGUAAUGGCCAAGAUUCCGCUGUUGGAGUGCCUAACCAGACAUAGUUACAGGGAAUGUUUGGGAAGAAUGGAUUCUUUACCUGAACAUGAAGGCUCAGAAAAGGCUGAGAUGAAAACUUCCACUGAACUGGUGCUCUCUCCCGAUACGCCUAGGACAACUAACAAAUCCUUGUUAACCUCAUUUCACAAGUCAGUGGAACAUGUAGCCCCAGAUACCACAGAUGUUGAAAGUGGAAAAGAAAUUGGGGAAUCUUGUCAAAGUACUGCUCAGCAGGAUGAAACUUCAGUAGAUGCUAAAGACAGAGAUCUGCCUUUUUUUAAUGUUUCUUUGUUAGACUGGAUAAAUGUUCAAGAUAGACCUAAUGAUGUGGAAUCAUUAGUUAGGAAGUGCUUUGAUUCAAUGAGCAGGCUUGAUCCAAGGAUUAUUCGACCAUUUAUAGUAGAAUGCCGUCAAACUAUUGCCAAACUUGAUAAUCAGAAUAUGAAAGCCAUUAAAGGACUCGAAGAUCGGCUGUAUGCCCUGGAUCAGAUGAUUGCUAGCUGUGGCCGACUGGUGAAUGAGCAGAAAGAACUUGCUCAGGGAUUUUUAGCUAAUCAGAUGAGAGCUGAAAACUUGAAGGAUGCAUCUGUAUUACCUGAUUUAUGCCUGAGUCAUGCAAACCAAUUGAUGAUUAUGUUGCAAAAUCAUAGAAAACUGUUGGAUAUUAAACAGAAGUGUACCACUGCCAAACAAGAGCUAGCAACUAACCUACAUGUCAGAUUGAAGUGGUGUUGCUUUGUAAUGCUUCAUGCUGAUCAAGAUGGAGAGAAAUUGCAAGCUUUACUUCGCCUCGUAAUAGAGCUGUUAGAAAGAGUCAAAAUUGUUGAAGCUCUUAGUACAGUUCCUCAGAUGUACUGCUUAGCUGUUGUUGAAGUUGUAAGGAGAAAAAUGUUCAUAAAACACUACAGGGAGUGGGCUGGUGCUUUAGUCACAGAUGGAAAGCGAUUAUAUGAAGCUGAAAAGUCAAAAAGGGAAUCCUUUGGGAAAUUAUUUAGGAAGUCUUUUUUAAGAAAUCGCCUAUUUAGAGGAUUGGACUCCUGGCCUUCGUCCUUUUGUAAGUUUCAACCAAAUUCACGAUCGACAAUGACAGA